AUGGAGAAUGUGACGCUGCAUCCCCUCGUGGUCAUCAACAUCUCGGACCACCUCACUCGCGUGCGUGCCAACGCCGACGCCGCGGCUGCGCCGCCUCGCGUCUUUGGCGCCGUCCUCGGGACGCAGGCGGCAGCUGGCCGGCGCGUGGAGCUCGCCAACUCGUUCGAGCUCAAGGUGGCGGCGGCGGGCAGCAGCGGAAGCGCGGCGAUCGACAUGGACUACCUGCGCACGCGGCUGGAGCAGUACAAGAAGACCUUCCCCAGCCUCGACAUGCUCGGCUGGUACUCGACCUCCACUGCGCCCGCGCCCGACGAGAGCGACAUCGCCGUGCACCAGCAACUCUGCGAGCUCAACGAGGCGCUGCUCUACCUCGCCCUCGACCCGUCCGGGCUGGUCGGCGGCGGCGGCGGCACCGGCGACCUGCCGAUCGGCAUCUUCGAGUCGGAGGUUGUCCUCGUCGGCGAGACGCCGACCCCGCGCUUCGCGCGCCUCGGCUACAAGGACUCCCAUCGAGUCGACUCCAUCGAGUCGGAGCGCAUCGCCGUCGACCACGUCGCACACAUCCUGCCGUCGGGCGAGUCGUCCUCCGCCUCCGCCUUCUCGCAGCACCUCAACGGGAUGCACACGGCGAUCAACAUGCUCACCGAGCGGAUCGAGAUCAUCUCGCGCUACGUCGCCGCCGUCCAGGCAGGCACCGUCCCCUUCGACCACGCGCUCUUGCGGCAGGUCAAGGCGCUCUGCGCGCGGCUGCCCGCGCUCGACUCGGACGCGUUCCGCGCCGAGUUUGUGCAAGACCACAACAACUCGCUGCUCGUGACGCAGCUCGCCGUCAUCACGCAGGGCGCGGCGCUGACCAACGAGCUCAUCGACAAGUUCAACGUCGCGUACGACCGCCACUCGCGCCGCCGCGGCAUCUUCUGACGAAAUCUGCUGAUGAGACCGGGCGACUCGCCGAGGCGGGAGCUCGAGCACUGAUGCCGCCGCCACCCGGCAGAGAAUACGUUGGCGGGGAGUGACGGAAGGCGCAUGCGCGGGCCGAUCGAUCGAACACAAUGCGCGACUCUUUUCGUCGUCGUAUCGUUUUCGUCGUUUCGCGUCGUUAUCGUUGGUCUCAAGCUAAUCAAAAACUCAA